UGUUGGCUGCCAGCACUUCACGGUUUCUGUCGCUCCGUUUAGAACCAGGGCAUCCUGUAGUGGGACCUGCAACUCUGGAGCAUCAAGAAGAGAGAGGCGCACCGGGAAGAUAAGUGCUGUUGCGCCGACUUGGAGUGGAGAUAUUUUGGCACUUUUACGCACGCAUGUUACGCACUGGGACUAACUGGAUUUAAGGACGCAUAUCGAUAUAUGUACAUUUUAUGGAAUAAAACACCUUUAAACAUGUUACUAAAUAUAAAGCAUAUCCUGUGGUUAUACUAUCUCUGUGAAGCUGCAACUGCAACAGCCUCCAAUGCAUUAUCGAUAAUCAGACCAGUCACUGGGUCCCUCUCAGGGAAGGUAAAUCUUCCCUGCUUCUUCUCCACCAUCCCAACCUCAGCACCAGUCAUCAGUCCCAAUGGAACGGUCAUUUAUAACAGAGAUUACUUGCGGAUCAAAUGGACCAAAAUAGAGGGAGAAGUAGAAUCCACAGUGCUGGUGGCACAAAAUGGGGUCAUUAAAAUAGGCUCCAGCUACAGGAAUCGUGUAUCAGUGCCCAGCCACCCUGAGGAUGUAGGCGACGCCUCACUGACAAUGGUCAAGCUGCGCGCCAGUGAUGCAGGCACCUAUCGCUGUGAGGUCAUGUACGGCAUUGAGGACACCCAGGAUACAGUUAACCUUGAUGUCAACGGUGUUGUCUUUCACUACCGAGCGAGCACCAGCAGGUACACUUUGGACUACCAGAAGGCUGUCCAAACUUGCCAAAAUAUUGGAGCAACCAUUGCUACAUAUGACCAACUGAAAGCAGCCUAUGAGGAUGGCUUUGAUCAAUGUGAUGCCGGCUGGAUUGCUGACCAGACAGUGAGAUACCCAAUCACAAAGCCAAGGAAGGGCUGCUUUGGUAACCUACUGACAAAACCUGGUGUUAGGUCAUACGGGACCAGGAAACCCACGGACACCUAUGAUGUAUUCUGUUACGUAGACAAACUUGAUGGUGAGGUGUACUAUGCUUCUGUGACCGAUAAGAUGACUUUUGAGGAGGCCAGUAAAGAGUGUAAGAAGAGGAAUGCUGUCCUGGCAUCCCCUGGUCAGCUGCAUGCUGCCUGGCGACAUGGUCUGGACAGAUGUGACUAUGGUUGGCUCUCCGAUGGCAGUGCACGACAUCCUGUUGCAGUACCCAGAAUGAAGUGUGGGGGAGGCCUGCUCGGCGUCAGGACCAUGUACCGCUACAGAAACCAGACUGGCUUCCCAGACCCAACUACAAAGCUUGGAGCUUACUGUUUUAAAGGAAGGAGGGAGGUAAUCAACCAGACUUCCAUUGUGGAUGUGUCUGUGGUAGAAAUGAUCACCAGCACCAUCAGCUACACUACAACCAUCCCUUUAGUGGAAAGUAGCACCACUACGCAAACCCCCACAUCUGAAACUGUAUCAGAGGCAGAAGAGUCUCCAGACUCAUCAGUUACAAAUCCUCCAUCUAUGUUCUCUACCAGUAUGGCUCCACCUCGCCCCACUCCAGCAGACCAAGAAGAAGAGUUAAUCACCACAGUCGCACCAACCAUCAAAGAGGAACCUGAGGACACUGACAUUGUAACAGCCGUACCAGACUUAGACGUUAAUGACUUUGUAAGUGAAAAUGUAACCAAUGAGGAAUUCGUUUCCCAACGUGGUGAUGCAUUGACAAAACCACAAAACAAAACAGAAAGCACUGACACCACAGAGACAGUGUCAAAGCCCAUCGAGGAGCCAGAUGAUCACUCAGUAAUUGAGAUCAGCACAAUCAAACCUGAUGUCCCGAUACCAGACACCUCUCUCAUCACAGAGCCCAUGUUUGCCGAGGGGAAGACUGAGGAAACUAUUCUGGAUUCUGGGAUCACCACAGAGAUGGCCUCUGACCUCACCGACACUCCAACAGAAUCAACUGAACUGACCAGCGAGGAGGUGUUCAGCUCCUCCGAAUCAACACCAUCAACCACUGGGCUUCAUUCAACAACACUAGGCCCCGAUUACGUGGAUGAGCUAGAUGUGAUAGAUGAGAUGGAUGAGAAUAAUUUUGCUGUAUAUGCACUGCCACCUACUCCACCAUCCCAACUGGACCUCACAUCCAGCUCAUCAGACAGCACUAGUAUCGAUGGCACAAUGACCAGCACUGCAACAAAAACCACACCUCAAAUGCAGCAUGUAGAGACAACGGCUGUUGUCUAUAAUGAAGAGACUGCAUCUGCAGCUGCGACAGCCACCACCGUCCUGAUUGACAGUGGAACGCCUGGCGAGGAUGUGACAUCGUCAUCAAGUGUACACGUCUUUGAUGAGUCCACCACUCUGCUGCCAGAGCACAGCGGUGACGCCCUGACGGAGGAUGACACAGCAACAGAGAUUGGCACAGAGUUCUUUACAUCUGCAAUCGCGGCUUCAGCUGUGGCUGACACGACCACCACUCCAGGUACAGUGGUCGCUGCAUCAGUUGACCAGGCUCUACAACCACAAGAUUCUCAGUCUCCUGGCAUACCAGUUGUGCCUGACCAUCCCACCCCUUCCAUAGCUGAUGGUGAUCCCAUCCCACAGACUGGAGACCCAGACCUUAUCUCCCAAGCUGCUGUAACCAUCACUCCAACUGUUAGCUUUAUAAAUGGUAAACAUGAGAUCACACUGGAGCCACAGAGCCCAGCUGAAAAAGAGGCCAAAGGUACCCAGAUUUUUACAAAUGUGACGAUUCUGGGAACAAGCGAUGAAAUAACAACGGUGUUUGAUUAUAGUUGGACCGAUCUCACUGAUGAUAAUGUCACUGAAUCUACAGAGGAAGCCACAGCAAUACUGACCUCAACAGAGAUCCCAGAUGUUCAUAACUAUGACCCUGAUAUAAUCCCAACAGAUGAAUCAACACCUCCUCAUGUACUCCCUGAAAUUGAGCUGACCACAAAAUCCCCCACACAGAAAGAUACAACUUCUGUUUCGGCCUCAACAGUGGAUGACAGGGCUCAAUCAAAAACUACACAAAAAACUGAAGCUGGUCCAGCUGCCACAGAUGCCACAGAGGGGAUGAGUGAUGUCACAGCUACCUCUGCUGACUUUGUUCCUACAGUAACACCAGCUGAGCCACAGAUCACCAAAGCAACUAAAGAAAUCCAAACAACGAAGGCUGAGGAAACCACCACUGUCAUCACCACAUCUGUACAAGAAGAGGUAGGCGAGUCAGGGAGGACUCCAACGUAUGUGAAAAGUGACUCAGAAGUGACUCAGACAGAGAGAGCUAAGGACCAAUCCACUGUUACUUAUUCAACUGAACUUUACAUGGCCAAAGAUAAAGCUGAAACCACAGAGGAAACAAAGAGCACAUCUGCCACUCCAGCUGCUGGAGACAGCACUCAGUCUACAUUACAGACUAUGUACACUCCCUCUUCUGCUGACGCUGAUGUGAAAACACCAACAUCAACAACUAAUGACUCACAGAGCUCCACUCAAGAUGUGGAGGGAAGGAAAGAGACCCAAACCCCAAAAGAAUUUGCCUUCAGCACAGCGGCUCCUUCAGUAUCUAGUGAUUCAGCCUCUCCUGAACAGACAGACAAGACUGAGAUAACACCAACUGUAGAUUUAGGUAAGACUGAAUCAUCAGCAUCUGUAACACCUAUCCUGGCUGAAACUUCAGAGGGUACAGUCAUAAGUCAGGGAGGGAGUACAGACAGCCAAAUGUCUUCCAUCUCCCCCACUGAUGCAAUGUCUACACCAGAGGAGGAAGGUUCAGGGGUUCAAACAGUAAACAUGUUUACAACCAGCCCACCAUCACAUAUCUCUGAAGGGACCGUGACAUCACCUUCAAGUUUAAGUGCAACAGAUCAAGCUACAUGGGAGAGUGAAGAAACAUUACAAACAGUACAAACAGGCACAGAUAAAACAUUUGUUCCUGUCACUGGUGAGGUGGAAAAAAUGUCAAAACCCACCAUUAUGCAUGAGGGGUGGAAACAAGAUGAGAAAACAACUCAUCCCUCUCAUGAAUCCGUUGCAACCACUGACUCCCUCUUAUAUAGUGCUAUUAAAAUUAUCACAACAACAAUGGCCCCAUUCACUGAAUAUUUCAGUCAGUACUCAACACAAAGUGCAUCACUGAUGACUGACCUCCCUGACCAAAUAGUGGAUACAAGUGAGGAAACCGCCACUGGUGGCACAUAUAAGGCUACUUCAAAAGAUGAAACCUCUACUCCAGUCAUGAGCACAAUCAAACCAGAUGAGUCUAUUUCAGUUGCAAUUUCAACGGUGGAAACCACAAGUGUAACUGCAGACACAAAACCUAUACAAACAGUAACCCCACUAAGUGGCAUUACAGAGUCAAGUCCAUUGCAUCCUAGCAAUGCUGGACAUAUGACAGAUGACCAGACUUCUGGUACAACAUCAACAGGAACAACUGCAGCAGCUACCUUGCUCAGCACAGCAAAAUCAGUUAUAGAAACAACACAAUACGAAACAUUCCAUGAUUCAACCAUAGCUGGCACUGUAGCUCCGUCUGCUUUCAACACUAAAAUACCAACAUCACUGUCACAAGAAAUGUCAGAUAUCACAACCACUGAAAAGAUAUCACUUAUUCCUGAAGAUACCACCAUUUUCACAACUGCAGAUUCAGGUUCUGAGCGUUGGACAGUAUCACAUGGAACAUCAAUGAGCGACAUUACAGAAAGAACAGUAAAACCAUCAGAAUCAGAAGUAACAUUAAGGGCUACUGUUUCUUCUGGUAUCAGUGUGACUCCAACUGCCACAUCUAGCAUAGGCAGUGAAGUGACCAAAGAACAAACAGACACACCAGCCAGUUCACAGGAAAAAGCAGUUACUGGCAUCACUGACAUAGUUACCAGCACACUACCCACUUCAAAAGCAGAAGUGAGUUCUGGAGGUCAAAGGCCAAGUGUCACAUCAAUGCCAGGUGUUACUACAGCGUCUUCAUUCUACAGUACUGAGAAACAAACAUCCAAUUUCACCAAAGAGUCCAUCAUCUCUGAAACUACUAUUUCUUCACAAUUGAGUACAGACUCACCAUCAGUAACACCCUCAAGUGAAACCGAAACAAGCGGUACUUCUAAGCAAGGUGUAAGUGCUGUUUCAUCUCUCUACAGUACUGAGAAACCAACAUCAGUGUCAACUGAAACACAAGAGACUGCAACCACAAGACAGACUGAGAAACUAUCAUCUACACCAGAGACAAGUUCUACUUUCCCAAAAAUAGAUGAAGAGAGUUCAGGUGAACAGACAACUGAGAUUUCCAGCGAUGGCACUGCAGCUUCUACAGCCUCACCCUUGUUUAGCACAGAGAAGCCAACUGGACUGCCAGUUACAGAACAUGACAGUGCAGCCACAAGUCGUACAGAAAAUCCCUCAGUAACGCCUUUUACUGGGAAGGUGGAAGAAAGCUCUGUUGUGACAACAGUAUAUGAAGAUGGCUCUGGUGACCAAACCCAAGAAAUGUUUACUCAGACCUACUCUAUGAUGAGAGUUCAGGUGAACAGACAACUGAGAUUUCCAGUGGUGGCACUGCAGCUUCUACAGCCUCAUCCUUGUUUAGCACAGAGAAGCCAACAGGACUGCCAGUUACAGAACAUGACAGUGCAGCCACAAGUCGUACAGAAAAUCCCUCAGUAA